AUGUAUAGAUAUUUCACACACAUAAGGAAUUACGAAUACGUGACAAAACUCCAGACGUUCGCCGACAGCUACAACAAGACGUAUCACAGGACAAUUGGGACAGCUCCAACUAGGGUUAACAAAAAUAACGAAACAUCUGUCUGGUGGAGGAUGUACUGGCCGAAGAAAGAGCCGAUCUUACGAAAGACUAAAAAAGUUCGUAAAACGUUCAGGUUUAAAGUAGGGGAUAAAGUGCGUUUGUCACAUCUCAGGAAUCCAUUCACACGGGAAUACGACGAAAAAUGGACGGGCGAGAUAUUUACCAUAUCUCAGAAGAUACUACGUGGAGGCUUGCCUGUGUACAGAGUCACAGACUACGAUGGCGAUGAAAUUAAAGGUACUUUCUAUCACUCCGAGCUACAGAAAGUUGAAGACGACAUGUGGAAGGUAGAGACCAUAUUGAAAACUAGAGGAAAAGGCCGUAACAAACAACACUACGUCAAAUGGCUAAAUUGGCCUAAAAAAAACAACCUGGAUACGCGCAUCAGCUGUAACCGAUUUGUAGGAGAGUGA